AUGCACAGCAAGGUUGUCAUCAUUGGCUCUGGGCCUGCUGCCCACACCGCCGCCGUCUACCUGGCGCGCGCUGAGCUGAAGCCCGUCCUGUACGAGGGCUUCAUGGCCAACGGCAUCGCCGCUGGCGGUCAGCUCACCACCACCACCGACGUCGAGAACUUCCCCGGCUUCCCCAAGGGCAUCAUGGGCGGCGAGCUCAUGGAGAACAUGAAGGCCCAGUCCGAGCGCUUCGGCACCCAAAUCGUCACCGACACCGUUUCCAAGCUCGACCUCUCCUCCCGCCCCUUCAAAUACUCGACCGAGUUCGAACCCGAAGAGACCCACACCGCCGACGCCGUCAUCCUCGCCACGGGUGCCUCCGCCAAGCGCCUCAACCUCCCCGGCGAGGAGAAGUACUGGCAAAACGGCGUCUCCGCCUGCGCCGUCUGCGACGGAGCCGUCCCCAUCUUCCGCAACAAGCACCUCGUCGUCAUCGGCGGUGGUGACUCGGCCGCCGAGGAGGCCCUCUACCUCACAAAGUACGGCUCCCACGUCACCGUCCUCGUCCGCCGCGACAUCCUUCGCGCCUCAAAGGUCAUGGCCAACCGCCUGCUGGCCAACCCCAAGGUGACGGUGCGGUGGAACUCGGCCGGCAAGGAGAUCAAGGGCGGCGAGGACGGCCUGAUGAGCCACCUCGUUGUCAAGGACACCGUCACGGGCGCUGAGGAGACGCUCGAGGCCAACGGUCUCUUCUACGCCAUUGGCCACGAGCCCGCGACGACGCUUGUCAAGGGACAGCUCGAGACCGACGACGAGGGCUACGUCGUCACCAAGCCCGGCACGCCCCUGACCAACAUUGAGGGUGUCUUCGCCGCCGGUGACGUUCAGGACAAGAGAUACAGACAGGCCAUCACCAGUGCUGGAACCGGCUGCAUGGCUGCCAUGGACGCCGAGAAGUACAUUGCCGAGCUCGAGGACGGCAACCCCAAGGAGAACUGA